GUUCCGGGUACGAGGCUGUGGCCUUGUAUCAAUAAAAUGAUAACAAUAAUUUAAAUUCAGGUGCCUGCACUGCAUGCUUUGACGAACGCAUAUAAAACCGGCUGCUGUCCACACACUAUAUCAUCAUAACACUUUGACACAAGUGAACCAAACCAAGUGACAUUUUGAGGUAGGCCUACCAUACAGUAUCAAGUCCUGUCAAGAGUUGUUGUAAACCUGAAGAUGUACUUCUCUACAGUUUGUGUGUUCGUCCUUGUGGCGGUAACUGCAUCAGCACAAACCAACCAACAGGGCUGCUGUUUUCCUAAACAGUUUGAGGCUUCAAUCGGCCAAGUGAAUGGGUUGGUGCUACCGACUGGAACGCCCAUUGUCCAAACUAAUUAUAUCAUGGGUGCGUUCGACUUCACCAAUAAUCGAGCCGGAGAAUUGAUACAAACAGAGACCAUGGGAAAAAUGUCCUCAAUCAAGGUCAUAGUAGACUAUAAGGAGAAUUAUAUGUACACCAUUAUUGGAAAACAAUGCACCAAGAGUGCAGCAACAGGUGAUUUUCCUUCAUGCACACCAAAAACUGCGCAGUUUCUGGGAACUUACUCCAUUGGUGAUAACCAACUGCAAGCAGAUUCAUACUCCUACUAUGCCAAGGCACCAUCGCAAGUGGAAGGGAAUGUGUCGUUCUCGGUUACCCAUGAUGGCUGCAUACCAACUGGUACGCUCGUCAUCGGGAAGACCCUUCAGCAACCAUCUCUUCCGAUCAUGAGCUCGUCUGGUUACCUCAACUAUACGCAGGGAAUCGCUGACCCAGGAAAAUGGUUUGACAUUCCUGACAUCUGCACAAAGACACAACUCAUCAAGAGAUCUGUUGACACCGACCCUCUGAUACAACUUGCCAACCGUGUCUCAUCACUUCUUCUCCCAUCAGCUGCUUGAGUUUCAGUUGGACGAUUUCCGGAAGUCAACGCACUCUUAAUUAUAAUUCUUAUUGUCAAACGGCUUUUCGUAAUAAUUAACCAAUAAUAAUGUCCCUGCACUGAAAAGUUUCCCAAAGACUUUGUACUCAAAUGUCCUUGUGGAGCACACCAGUCUUUAUAGAAUUUCCCUAUGGAGUUCUUGUGUUUCCUUCUUGUGUACUUGGUCUACAUUAAGGUACCGAAAAGGGAACACAGUGUGAUGCAUACAAAAAUGGUGUGCUGAUUUCAGGGGCAGGAAUCUGCCGCCACCUAGCGUCCGCAAUAUCUCUCUUUUUGUAGCUAUACUUUCUAAAAGUUUUAUAUGAAUUUCACUCUAUUUGAUUGAAACUAGGGACAAAAUCAUCUGCAUUUUUUUGUUAAGAGUGGUUUUCUAAAACCAUUAAAACUUCGCAGCGAAGGGCUGAAAACAAAGGUUUAUAAGAAUAGAUUAAUUUGUUAAAAAUUAAAGAAAAACAUCAGGAAAUGUAAUUUGUUUUCAUAAACUUAAAAGUUAAUUGGCUUGUGCCACUUGACUAAAGUAUAGCGAGUAGUUGCACGGCUAAGGUAGCGCAUAAAAAAAAACCAAGUUCUCACUAGUUUCAACAAAAAAUUGAUUUUCACACAAAAAGGUCAAUGGGCAGAAUGCUACCUAAAAGAUUGCACGGCCAUUUCUUGUCUUUUUGCAGCGGAAUGAUACAAAAUUAGAGUCAAUAAAUUUUAAAAGAUACAUAAAAAAAAACUACACGAGAAAAGUUUCUUUUUUUUAAAUAUGUACUUAUGUAGAAAAUCAGCUUAAAACCCCAGAUGAAACUUUCGUCAGGACCGUCGAACAUCCACGUUUAGCAGGUACCAACCCCAUUCUCCCUCUUUGGUCGUAUGAGGGCAGCAUUCAUAACAAUCACAUUGAAAUUUCCAUGGCGAUCUUUUGGACAAAAUGUUUGUAGUUUCUCGACCCCAAAUUCAAACAUAAUACUGACGUGAAGUUUAUUAGUAGUGGGCUUUCGUAAUGACUUAACUGAGCUUAUUUCAACUAUCUUACGUUUCAUUCAGUCAUUUUUUUAAUAAAACAGAGAUUGUACUUAG